UUCCAAAACAAAUUCCUUUACGGGCCUCGUGAGUUCCAUUUUGGGCAUAAACGCCGUUACCACGUUACGUGGACUGUUAACGUACUUUCCCUCCCCGUAUCAAAUUAGGCCUCUGGUCCAAAAUUGUCCACAAAUAGAUUCCGGGACUACCCAAGAUAUUAAUUGCCUACUUGGCACAGAUAUAACCCUUUUUAUUACUCGUCCCUUCAAAACUUCACGAUUCGCAUUCCGUUUUUAGGCUGUGCUUCAUCAAUUCUUACCGAAAACUUAUAUUAAUUUGGAAUUUUCUGUGAAACCUUUUUUUUUCCCUAUAAUUAUCAAUCUGCGACAAUUUAGCCAUUGGUAUAAUUUUCAAACUUAAUAGUAAAUUUUAGGAAGAUAAACUUUAUCCAAAGUUAUCCAACAAUCAGAAAAGAAAAUGCCACCAAAGAAGGUUACCAAAGCUAAAAAAGGGGCAGAGAGUGAUCCAGCUCCAGUAGUCAGCGAGGAAGAAAAUGGUGUAGAAGAAACACAUACCACCGAGGAGACUGAAGAAGAUGUAGAGGCAAUGCCUAAACAGAAGGCAGGGAAAAGGAGAGGUGCACAGAAAGAGAAAAACACUCCACCACCCAAGAAGUCAAAGGCUGUUUCACCCGUACCUAAGGGGAAGACUGCAACUGAUGAAAAGGCGACUAAAAAAGGUACAAAGAAGGCUGAAGAUACCAAGGAAGAAGAACAAACUGAGGAAAAUGAAGAUGAGAAAACUGUCGAAAAACCAGACAAAAAUAAGGGUGGGAAGAAACCUAAAGGGCGUAAAGCCAAAGGUGAUGGCCAAGAAAAUGGAGCUGAUAUGGGAACCAGGCCGAAGAGAGAAGCCUUUCAAAAGGCUGUAGAGCUUGUGGCUACAAAUAAGCGCACAACUAAAAAGAUUGUGAACAGAACCAAACAAAACAAACCGAAUCCUGAUUUUAAUUAGUUCGAAGAGAACUAAUACUCGUUAAAAGAGAUGUACAACAUAAUUUGUCGUUUUAUAAUAACAAAGUUUUUAAUUGUAUUUAAAAAAAAAAAAAACGUGUACACCAACUUUAUUCAUGUCAAACA